AACCAGUAUCUUACUAUAUUUUUUACUAACUUUGUGAAGUCACAAUCAAAAAUGAAAUACUGAAAUGAAUCACCAUUAAGAUACAGAGUGAUACCCCCCUUAAGAGCCACACGGUUAGCCGGGAGUUUAUAUACAUAUUCUAAUUAGGGCUUAGAGUGACGUACCACCGUCAUAUGACUGCCUAUAAAUAGAAAAACACGAGCCGGUAUUUAAACCACGCCGAUAUUGUGUUGAUAUUAUUUCCAUGACCGAGUAUACAGGACGUUCGAGCAAGCUAAAUAACAAAGUAUUUCACAAUCUUAGCGAAAUAGUUUCAUGACAGUGCAUUCACGGGAUAGCGUAGUCUGUGCUUACUUGGAAUUUUUGUCGAUGCUAGUGAAGACAUGGUUAAGCAGGACAAAGUAGACAUCCUGGACUUAUUUCUUGAGAGCGGUGUGGACAUUGGGCAUUUUCUGUCUGAAGAAGGUCAAGCGUUUACCAGACCUCGGGUCAUUAUGGAUGAUCUAGUCCCACCCUGCACUCAGACACACAUCGAUCAGACUGCUGUUCUAGACAACCCCCUCUGUACUGAUGUGGAUUUUCUGAAUGACAAUGUCUCGGCUGUGGUGGAGAUCAGCGAACAGGUUACUCCUCCAGUGAUAGAUGAUUCUGUACCAGAAGUGAUAUUAGAAAACAGCCAAAGUUCUACCUCAUAUCAUGGCAGCAUCUCUGAUGGCUUCCAUCACCUGGAGGAAAAUGUCACAACCCAGUUCCCCUUCGACGACCUUGACCCCUCUCAGAACUUCUUUGCAGAGGAGGUCUCGGAGGCAGACCUGGACAUUGACCUUAGUCCUCUACUGAAGGAAGAAAUCAAACAUAAGAUAAAAGCAAGAAGGAUUGCAGAAGGGAAGGCAGAAAUCCGGGUAGAGUUCAAAGAGCCUUCUCCUGAACGGUUAACUCCCGAGGAAGAAGAACGUAGAAAAAUAAAGAGAGAGAAAAAUAAACUGGCCGCUCAAAAAUGCCGGAACAAGAAGAGAAAACUAGCUGACACGCUUGAAGAGGAGACAUUACGACUUGAAGAAAAACAGGAGAAGUUACAGGACCAGGUGCAGAGACUGAGGGAAGAACGAGAGCACCUGCUGGACCUGCUCAAAAUCCACAGCCAAGUCUGUCCCAAGAUGGCCAAAUUAGGAUCGUGACGUCAUCAACUAAUACUCACUGGCGCAACAUGAGUAUAAGUUUUCCCCAACGAACUUGUACAAGUUUACACAAACUAACCAUGUGUUUAAAGGUGCAGAAAAGUUUUAUGUGAGAGACUGCAUCCAAGUGACAAAAGUGGUUUCUCUGCGAACUGAACCCACCGUUUUCUAUAGAGACACGUGAAGGGGAACCCAGAAUUCUGAUUCUUUGAGAGACUUGAAUUCUAGUUCCUGUCUAAGUAAGGUCAACAAUCCAUAUACAGUGUACUGUAAAUUGUGCAAACU